ACCCCCGGUUCCACCCAAAGGAGGCACUCGGUGAUCACUCGCAUUUCUCAUGCUGUGCGGCAGAGGGACAAGUAAUUACUGCGGCAGACACACCACGGCGGGGCACGAGCAGCAUGCCAAUCUGGCAGCAAGUCUGGCCCUUUAUUAUGGUUUAUCUUAGGCUGUCGUCAAUUCCCCGCAAAGUGGCUUUUGACAGCUACGGGCCUCGGCCCCCUUCCAUCGGCCCUUAUUGUCCUUUGCAGACAAGAACUCGGCGGGUUGGCUUAAUUAAGACCAUGAUCCAAGGAGCACGCAUAUCGAUAUUCUGCACAUGACUCCACCUUUGGGUGACAAUCUGGGGUUCAUAUAUCAUACCAAGGACGUCCAGUCUUGACGUUGGUCCAGUCCCUGGCUCACAUUCAUCCUCGCCCUCUUCACAUCCAGCCGCCUAGUUACGUUGCACCUCGACGUCGACUUCAACAUGCCAUUUCAUCGGGGUCUUCUCCCUCGCGAGGGAUUAUGCAUGGACGUGGUCCUGCGUCUCAUCCGCCUGACUGCGCUGAAUCCCUCGCUGCUGCUGCCCCUCGUCCUGCUCGCGCGGUACACCAAGCAGGGCCAGGAUCUCUCCAUCCUCCACCCGGACGCCAACAAGCGACUGCACACGCUCACCUACCUGGCGCUGGCGCGCUUUGUCAGCAACUGGUUUUCGGACAAGGUGCGCAACAACUGGGUGGAUGACAAGUAUGACUGGUCCAAGGAGAUUGUCGUCGUGACGGGUGGCGCAGGCGGCAUCGGUGGUGAGAUUGUCAAGUUGUUCGAGGAAAAGGGCGUGACGGUUGUUGUUCUUGAUGUGCAGCCCAUGAGCUUCUCGCAUGGCUCCCGCGUUCAUCACUUCAACUGUGAUCUUCGCUCCCCUCAGGCCGUCAAUGCUACCGCCGACCAGAUCCGCGCCCAGAUCGGCCAUCCUACCAUUGUCAUCAACAAUGCCGGCGUCGCGCGCGGCAAGACCGUCCUCGAGGCCGACCCGGCGGAUAUCCGUUUCACGUUCGACGUGAACACAUUCGCCCCCUUCUGGACGGCCCAGGCGUUCCUCCCCCACAUGGUCGAGAAGAACCACGGCAUGAUCGUGACGGUCUCCUCGUACGCAGCCUGGCUGACGAUUUCCAACAUGGUCGACUACGGCGCCAGCAAAGCAGCCUCUCUCGCCUUCCACGAGGGUAUCACGGCUGAGAUCGCCACCAAGUACAAGGCCAACAAGGUGCGGACGGUCGUGGUGCACCCCGGCCACACGCGGACGCCGCUGUUCCAGGGCUAUGACCAGAAGACGGGCUUCCUCAUGCCCGAGCAGUUCCCCGAAUCCAUCGCGCAAGCGGUCGUCGAGAAGGUCCUCUCUGGGACGAGCGGCAGCGUCAUCCUGCCCGAGGCGGGUGGCUUGCUGCCUGGUCUGAGGGCAUUCCCGGACUGGUACCAGCUGCGUGUGCGCGCCAAGGCGCAGUACAUGGACAAGUGGAAGGGCAGGCAGGUCAUCUCCGACGUGAACGCAACGUAUGACAAGGAGGAUGCCAGCGAGAGUACGGUCCUGGUGUCCGAGGAGAAGCAGUGAGCGCUGUCAAUGUGUGGAGUACCCCAGCGUAUACGUGUA